AUGCUUUCACAUUUUUCCUUUAUAAUUCUUUCUCUCCUUGUUCUUCCGCGGGCCUCAGCAAAUAUAUAUGAGGUAAGCUGAAACGCUUUUUAUCAUGAUCAAAAACAUUUUAAAGCAGGGUCACAAGUUUAAUUUCACCAACAUUUGUCGAACGAUUUGACCUUUAUAUCUUCUGUUGUUUCUGUCUAGAAUGUGCACAACUUGCUAACGCCUAACGAAAUAGAGAAGAUUUUUGGCGAGCCGUUCCUUCAGAGCAGUAAGUGGCGAGAUAGAUAG